CCUCCAUCUCCAUCAACUCCAAUACUUUUAAGUAUUUAAUACAUCUUUGCUCUUCCAUUGCAGAUUCUUUCUUUUGCUGCUCCAGUAUCUAAACUCUCUCGCCAACGCUUGUUGGUCUUUAAUCGCGGACCUCCGUCACUCCGCGCAGUUCCGCAAUUCCGCAUCUCUGUUUACACUGACUGUAACCAACCAUGCAACUUCCAAUACAACUCCCUACCAUACUCCCAUGCCUAGUCGCUGGAGUUCUCGCAACUGCUAUUCCAGAUGUAUCGAGUACUCUGCAGAAUAUCUUGAAGAACACAGACAAUUCCAAUAAAUAUAGAUAUCCAACCGAUCUCACACGGGGUAUCAUCCCAAAACCAUUUCACAGCCAUAACGAUUACUGGAGAGAUGUUCCCUUCUACUCGGGCCUAUCCUGGGGUGCCAUAUCUACAGAAGCCGAUGUUUGGCUGAUCAAUGAAACUCUCUAUGUCGGCCACGAAAUCAGCGCCCUGACAACCGCCCGGACUCUCUCUUCCCUCUAUAUAGAACCCAUUCUCGACACACUUCACCGCCAGAACCCCUCCACUGCUUUCACCCAAUUUCCAACCUCCAAUGGCGUCUUCGACACCUCCUCGGGCCAAACCCUCUACCUCUUCAUCGACUUCAAGACCGCCGGCCCCGAAACCUUCUCCGCCGUCCAGGCUGCCCUCGAGCCCCUCCAGAAGGGAAAAUGGCUCACCACUUCUGACGGCAAGAGUCUCACCACCCGCCCCGUCACCGUCAUAGGAACUGGCAACACCCCACUCGACCUAGUCCGCAGCCAAAAUCCCCGAUUCAUCUUCUACGACGCUCCCCUCUCCAAGCUAGGCCGUGCUGCCGCCAACGCCGAAUUCUCAGACCUGACGGAGAACGAAUCCCCCAUCGCGUCGACCAACUUCGCAGAUUCCUUUGGCGACGUCAGGAAGUUGGAUCUGAACGACACGCAACUUGACACGCUGCGCAGCCAGGUUGACGCCGCGCACAAGAGGGGCAUCAAGGCGCGCUACUGGAACCAGCCCGAAUGGCCCAUCGCCACGAGGAACGCGAUCUGGAGGACUCUCUGGGACGAGGGCGUCGACAUCUUGAACGUCGAUGAUUUGGAGGCGGCUGCUGAGUUCUGGACAGGUAGGGGAUAGAAAGCAAAAACGACACAGUAGGUACAUUGCAUCGAUUAAAAGAUACCAGAUGAACAAAUCGGAUAGGAGCUGUAUAUAGAUAGACAGAAAGGCGGAAGUGGGAGAAAGAUAAUAAGAGGAUGAGGAAUACGAAGUAUCAAAACCUCGUUUUCAUCCAUACGCGCAUUCAUUUUGUGUCAUGUUCACCUCCAUGCUAAUCCAUCAUGCCCAUCUAUUUAAUUUAUCUAUAUAAACCACCUUCAUCGAAGAUGUCGCUUGCUCGCUCACUCGCUUUGCACUCAACGUCACCUCAUCCACAGCCCCUCUUCCUCCACCAUGAUAUGCCAAAAUUCGUCGGUACCAAGAACAGCCAUACAUGCAAGCCAUCCAAGUGAGCUAUGACAAUGCGCUUGACACAUCAUCACGAAGAGAUCACAACCCGUUGUCCGUCUUGAACUUAUCCCACGCCUCGUUCAGCGUCGCGA